GCCCCGUCGGAGAGGGAGCGUGGCCGGCGGCUGGGAGAUCCCUGCCGCUGCGGACUCGGGCUGCCUGGACGAAGACAGCGAAGGGAACUUCGCGGGAAGCGCGCCGAGGGGGCUCCCCAGCCCGGCGCUGGCGGCGGAUCUUCUCCUCCCCCAGCCGAAGAAGAGGCGAUGGCGGGUGAAGCGCAGGCAGCCCAGCAGGAUUGAUCCUUCUCCAACCAAGCUGUGCUGAUGAUGAAUGGAACAGCCAAUGUGAAUGCAGCUGGACGUAGCCAUUAUGCCUCCUCUAUACCUGUUCCCAGAGCUGCAUCCCACAGCAAGAUACACACUCUGGCAGCAUCUCCCAAAUUGCCCCCAAGGCAGAACAGUGUGGGAGCUGUUCCCUCACAGAGGGCAUCAUCGCCCAGGACAGGGAAGGGGCUGGUUGGCUCAAGCAGUGGAGCUCCUAAAGGAUCCAAGCAGAAGCUCCUUCUCAAGCCUCCAGCAGCUGCAAGUCCUGGGCAGGCAGAGGGGGCUGAGUGCCAUGGUGGGGCAGAUGGGAUGGACUCCAGUCUCAGCCUGAGCGUGACGUCUGGCUGCAGCAGCCCCCGUGGGCUGCCCAAGGCCAGUUCCAGAGCUGCUGGAGCAGCUAAGAAAGCUGUCAUUCAGGCAACAGAGAGAGUCAAGGAUACCGCAAAACAAGGGGAAGACAGCAUCAGCCUUGGUGUCAAGAAGGGUCUCGGGAAAUCCAGCACCAUUUCUGAACCUGCAAAGGCCUCUCACCUCCCAGGGAAGAGCCCUUCCUAUCUCAGCUUGUAUAGUGAGACUUUGUUGUCCAGGUCUUCAGAGGGACCCACUGCAAAGAGGCCUCAGAGCUGUCCAGCGAAGGGCCAGUGGGUUUCAGAAGCCAGCUGCAAAGGAAGUGGAGCAUCCAAGUCAGAAGAUAAACCUCAGGUGAUCUCGCUGGACACAAGCAACCUGAAUAAGGGGCCAGUGCUACAUGCUGGACCGAUCAGUUUUUCUUCUGUUCCACAACACAACCAUCCCAUCAUGGCCACUGUAGCCCCUUUCCAGUAUCGGCGACAGAGUGAGAAAGAGAGGAACAGCCUCCCUAAGGAGGAGAAUGCAUGUGAUGCACAGCAGCAGCAGCAGCAGCAGCAGCCGCCGCCGCCCAGCCCUACUGAAGGGGCUGAACUCAGCCUGAGAGGCCUGGAGGCUGGGCUUUUAAAUGGUUUCCUCGCGGCGGGCGGGAGGAAGAUGCUUGGCAGCGGCGGCGGCAGCAGCAACAGCAGCAGCAGCAGCAACGUCAGGAGCCUGCCGCAGGACGUGGAGCUGAACGGCGAGGAAGGGUCCGAGGAACUGAGGGGCUUCAAGAAGGCGGCGUCGGCAGCAGCGUCCACGGCGACCCCCGAGGGCCACAAGGCCAUGAUGCAGAAGCGCGCCAACGCCAAGGGCCCCGCCGGGGUGGCGGCGCCCAAGGUGGCCGAGCUGAAGGUCUUCAAGGCGGGCAGCGUGGAGGGCCGCGUGCCGCUGGCCUCGAACCUGCGCAAGCAGAAGUCGCUCACCAACCUGUCCUUCCUGACGGACAGCGAGAAGAAGAUGCAGCUCUACGAGCCCAAGUGGAGCGACGACAUGGCCAAGGCGGCCAAGGGCUUCGGCGGCCGGAGCCUCAAAGGCGGCAAGGAGGCGCCCUCGUCGCUCAUGUCCAAGAACCUCUCCCGCUCCGAGCACUCGCUCUUCCAGGCCAAGCUCGCCCCGGCCGCCGCCAACAAGCCGCCGCCGCCGCUGGCGCCGCUGCCCUCCAACUUGGGCAAGCCCAGCCGCAUCCCGCGCGGGCCUUACGCCGAGGUCAAACCCCUCAGCAAGGCGCCCGAAGCCGGCAACGGCGACGACCUCAAGUCGGACGACGAGAUCCUCUCCAGCAAAGGCAAGGCGGCUCAGCAGAAGCAGCAGCAGCAGCAGCAAACGGGGCCCCAGCCGGCGGGGAAAGGGGCGCCCACGGAGGAGAAGGCUUUCCUGAAGGUGGAUCCCGAGCUGGUGGUCACUGUGCUGGGCGACCUGGAGCAGCUGCUCUUCAGCCAGAUGCUCGAUCCUGAAUCCCAGAGAAAGAGGACCGUUCAGAAUGUGCUUGACCUACGACAGAACCUGGAGGAUACCAUGUCCAGCUUGCGGGGUUCCCAAGUAUCUCACAGCUCCCUGGAGAUGACGUGUUAUGACAGCGACGAAGCCAAUCCCCGCAGUGUAUCCAGCCUGUCAAACCGUUCUUCUCCCCUCUCCUGGCGCUAUGGCCAGUCCAGCCCACGGCUGCAGGCUGGGGAUGCCCCUUCAGUGGGUGGAGGCUGCCGCUCAGAAGGCACCCCCAGCUGGUACAUGCAUGGGGAGCGAGCUCAUUAUUCCCACACCAUGCCCAUGCGCAGCCCCAGCAAACUCAGCCACAUUUCCCGCCUGGAACUUGUGGAGUCGCUUGAUGCUGAUGACGUCGAUCUCAAGUCUGGGUACAUGAGUGACAGUGACUUAAUGGGCAAAACAAUGACCGAGGAUGAUGAUAUCACCACAGGCUGGGAUGAGAGCAGUUCUAUCAGUAGUGGCCUCAGCGAUGCCUCGGACAAUCUCAGCUCAGAAGAAUUCAAUGCCAGCUCCUCGCUCAAUUCCCUGCCUUCCACGCCCACGGCUUCCCGCAGGAACUCUGCCAUAGCGCUGCGCACAGACUCUGAAAAGCGCUCGCUGGCGGAGAGUGGACUGAACUGGUACGGCGAGCCGGAGGAGAAAGCCCAGAAGAAGAUGGACUAUGACAGCGGGAGUCUGAAAAUGGAGCACAGUUCCUCCAAAUGGCGGCGGGAGCGCUCUGAGAGCUGUGAUGAGGCUCCUGCCAAAGGAGGAGAGCUGAAGAAGCCAGUCAGUUUGGGGCCCCCGGGCUCCUUGAAAAAGGGCAAGACGCCCCCUGUGGCAGUGACUUCCCCCAUUACCCACACAGCCCAGACUCUCAAAGUGGCAGGUAAGCCUGAAGCAAAAGCAACAGACAAGAACAAGCUGUCCGUAAAGAAUGCCGGUCUGCAGCGUUCGUCUUCUGAUGCUGGCCGAGAUCGGAUUUCUGAUGCUAAGAAGCCUCCUUCUGGGCUUACCCGGACCACCACCUCUGGCUCCUUUGGCUACAACAAGAAGCCGCCUCCUGCCACUGGCACGGCCACCGUGAUGCAAGCUGGUGGGUCAGCUACACUUGGCAAGAUCCAAAAGAACUCCAGCAUCCCAGUCAAGCCAGUCAAUGGCAGGAAAACUAGCCUGGAUGUCUCUAAUGCGGCAGAACCUGGCUUCAUGGCCCCGGGGGCCCGCACCAACAUCCAGUACCGAAGCCUGCCACGCCCAGCCAAAUCUAGCUCCAUGAGCGUGACUGGUGGACGCACAGGGCCAAGGCCUGUCAGCAGCAACAUUGACCCCAGCCUCCUCAGCACAAAAGGUGGCAUCUCUGUCUCGCGACUCAAGGAGCCUUCUAAAAUUGGCACCGGCCGGAGCACACCAGUGCCAGUGAAUCAGACGGACAGGGAGAAAGAGAAAGCCAAAGCCAAAGCGGUGGCAUUGGACUCUGAUUGUGUCUCACUCAAGAGCAUUGGCUCCCCUGAGAGCACCCCAAAGGCUCAAGGUGGCCACCAGACUCCUGCCAAAGUGGCUGAGCUGCCACCAACACCACUCAGGUCAGCUGCCAAAAGCUAUGUAAAAGCCCCUUCUUUGGCCAACCUGGACAAGGUGAACUCCAACAGUCUGGACCUUCCUUCCUCAAAUGAGCUCCACCAGAUGCAUGGUGGCAAACUGCAAGAGCCCCACCCAGCUGCAGUGAACAUGGGCGCCCACCUCACGUCGUGCUUCACACCAAGCCCUGCUCCAGUCCUUAACAUUAACUCUGCUAGCUUCUCCCAGGGCCUAGAGCUCAUGGGUGGCUUCAGCAUCCCCAAGGAAACCCGCAUGUACCCCAAGCUUUCGGGGUUGCACAGGAGCAUGGAAUCCUUACAGAUGCCUAUGAGCCUGCACAGUGCCUUUUCUGCAGGCAAUACUACUGCUCCCACCACGACACCGACCCCUCCUGUUGCUGCCGAAGAGGAGCCCAGUGAGAUGGCCUGGACGGGGAGCCCCAGGAUUACACACCUGGAGAGCUCUAACCGUGAUCGGAAUACAUUGCCCAAGAAGGGACUAAGGUAUCAAAUCCAGUCCCAGGAAGAGGCCAAGGAAAGGCGGCAUUCCCACACCAUUGGAGGGCUGCAGGAAUCAGAUGACCAAUCCGAGCUGCCCUCUCCUCCUGCUCUCUCCAUGCCAUUGGUUGGAAAGGCGCCACUCACUAAUAUUGUGAGUCCCACAGCAGCCAACACCCCGAGGAUCACCCGGUCUAACAGCAUCCCCACUCACGACUCCACCUUUGAGCUGUACAACGCCUCCCCAAUGGGCAGCACUCUCUCCCUGGCAGACCGGCCCAAGGGCAUGAUCCGCUCGGGCUCCUUCCGUGACCCUGUGGAUGAUGGUGAGAGUCCUGCACCCAGCCAGGAGGACAAGAGUCUCCUCCUCAGUAAUAAUGUUCAUGGAUCCGUGCUGUCCCUGGCAUCCAGUGCUUCCUCCACUUACUCCUCCGCUGAGGAGAGGAUGCAGUCUGAGCAAAUCCGUAAACUGCGCCGCGAGUUGGAGUCCUCUCAAGAGAAGGUGGCGACACUGACAUCCCAGCUCUCAGCUAAUGCUAACUUAGUAGCAGCCUUUGAACAGAGCCUGGUGAACAUGACAUCCCGGCUCCGGCAGCUUGCAGAGACUGCAGAAGAGAAGGACACCGAGCUGGUGGACUUGCGAGAAACUAUUGAUUUCUUGAAGAAAAAGAACUCAGAAGCCCAUGCUGUUAUCCAAGGGGCCCUGAAUGGAACUGACAUUACACCCAAAGAGCUACGGAUCAAGAGGCAAAACUCAUCCGACAGUAUAUCCAGCUUGAACAGCAUUACCAGCCAUUCCAGCAUUGGCAGUGGCAAGGAUGCAGAUGCAAAGAAAAAGAAGAAGAAAAGCUGGUUGAGGAGCUCUUUCAACAAGGCUUUCAGCAUCAAGAAGGGCCCCAAAUCCGCCUCCUCCUAUUCCGACAUAGAGGAAAUUGCCACCCCUGACUCUUCAGCGCCAUCAUCCCCCAAGCUGCAGCAUGGAUCCAUGGAGACAGCCUCACCCUCCAUCAAGUCUUCCAACUCCUCUUCCGUGGGCAUUGAUAACACUGAGCUCUUCCAGACUAAUGAAGAAGAGGAGCCUGAGAAAAAGGAAGUCUCAGAGCUGCGCUCAGAGCUGUGGGAAAAGGAAAUGAAACUGACGGACAUUCGUCUGGAAGCCUUAAACUCGGCCCACCAGCUGGACCAGCUGCGUGAAACGAUGCACAACAUGCAGCUGGAGGUGGAUCUAUUGAAAGCAGAGAACGACCGGCUGAAGGUGGCUCCAGGGCCCUCGUCAGUCCCAAGCUCCAUCCCGAGCCACGUCUUGAGCUCAUCUGCUGCCUCCUCUCCGCGACGCUCUCUAGGGCUCCAGCUCAGUCACCCUUUCAGUCCCAGCUUGACAGAUACAGAGUUGUCGCCAAUGGAUGGCAUCAGUGCUGGGCCCCAGAAGGAUGAGAUGGCGCUACGGAUUGUAGUGCGCAUGCCACCUCAGCACAUCAUCAAAGGGGACCUGAAGCAGCAGGAGUUCUACUUGGGCAGCAGUAAAGUGUGUGGGAAACUAGACUGGAAAAUGCUGGAUGAAGCCGUCUGUCAGGUUUUCAAGGAAUAUGUCACCAAGAUGGACCCUGCUCUCACGUUGGGGCUCAGUGUUGAGUCUGUCUAUGGCUACAGCAUCAGCCACAUCAAGCGAGUCUUGGACACAGAACCCCCGGAACUGCCUCCUUGCCGACGGGGUAUGACCAGUAUCGCUGUGACGUUGAAAGGCUUGAAGGAGAAGUGUGUGGAUAGCCUGGUGUUUGAGACCCUUAUCCCCAAGCCCAUGAUGCAACACUACAUAAGCCUUCUGCUCAAGCACCGGCGCCUUAUCCUCUCUGGGCCAAGCGGAACUGGCAAGACCUACUUGACCAAUCGACUGGCGGAGUAUUUGGUGGAGCGCUCAGGCCGCGAGGUCACUGACGGCAUUGUCAACACUUUCAAUAUGCACCAGCAGUCAUGCAAGGACCUGCAGCUUUACCUCUCCAAUCUGGCCAAUCAGAUUGAUCGGGAAACAGGGAUAGAUGUGCCGUUGGUCAUUCUCCUUGAUGACCUUAGUGAACCCGGCUCCAUCAGUGAGCUUGUCAACGGAGCGCUCACGUGCAAGUACCACAAAUGCCCUUACAUCAUUGGAACAACCAACCAGCCUGUGAAGAUGACUCCAAACCAUGGCCUCCAUCUCAGCUUCAGGAUGUUGACGUUCUCCAAUAACGUAGAGCCGGCCAAUGGUUUUUUGGUGCGCUACCUACGCCGGAAGCUGCUUGAGUCUGACAGUGACGUCAAUGCCAACCGGGAAGAGCUGCUGCGUGUGCUGGACUGGGUGCCCAAACUCUGGUACCAUCUUCACACCUUCCUGGAGAAGCACAGUACCUCCGAUUUCCUCAUUGGCCCUUGUUUCUUCUUGUCAUGCCCGAUUGGUAUUGAGGAUUUCCGAACCUGGUUCAUUGACCUGUGGAACAAUUCCAUCAUCCCCUACCUUCAGGAGGGAGCAAAGGAUGGGAUCAAGGUGCAUGGGCAGAAAGCUGCCUGGGAGGACCCUGUGGAGUGGGUGCGAGAUACGUUGCCGUGGCCGUCGGCCCAACAAGACCAGUCAAAGCUCUAUCACCUUCCCCCACCCAGUGUGGGGCCCCACAGCACCGUCUCACCCCCCGAGGAACGGAGCGGCAAGGAUUCUACACCCAACUCCCUGGAAUCAGACCCCCUGAUGGCAAUGUUGCUGAAGCUCCAGGAAGCAGCCAACUACAUUGAGUCUCCUGACAGAGAAACCCUGGACCCCAAUGUGCAGUCUGCACUCUAAAGAGGACUGGAUCGGGAUGGAACUGGAGUGAGCUGGUCUCGACUGCCUUCGCUCCUGGUUCUUCUUUGUUUUUUGUAUCUGGAACCUGUGGUCUGGCACGGAACACCACAGAGGGCAGGCAGGCAGGCAGGCGCCCAUCCUUUGCUUUGGGAUCUGUGCAGAUGGACGAUGAAAGAGGAGGCAGUUCGCUGCUCCUCCGCGAGAUACUGCUCCCCCCGCCCCAAGGACAACGGUGGUAGGAGAAUGAUGGCUUUUAUCCUUCGGCUGUCUGCCUCCGUCAUGAACUCCUGGGCUUUGCAGUGUGACUGAGGUGUGUGUGGGGGCAUUAAUGAAUCCCUCGGAUCCAGGGUUGCCAGCGUUGACGUUUCUCUGUGGGGCAGAGACUAUGGAGACCUCCUCGCAGAACUGGCCGCUGCAUUUCUGCAGGGCAAUGCCAGCAGGCAGGGCAGCAGCCAUGAUUGUGGUUCCCUAAAAUGAGGAUCUUUUUAUAAAGUAAAGAAAAGCAAAAACCCAGAAAGGAACCUGUAAGCAUCGAGCAUGGGAAGAGUCACUGCUGCAGCAAACCCAACUGCUGCCGUAGCUUUUUCCCCUCUGGAUGCUGCCCUUCAGCUUCCCUACCACAACAAGCAUAGGCAAAGGCCUAGGACUGUUAACUCCGUCUUUGUACCCUCCUUAUUUAAUCUGCAUGAUGGUCCUUUUACAUUCAGACUCCCAAUAAACUCUGCUUUCUUUUUGUUUUCCUCCCCUAUUAUUUUAUUUUGGUUAAGCUGGGCCAUUCUGUUUACUCUUUGGUUCUAGGAAUUCCACUUUGGUUUUGUUUUUAACCACCUGGCAUUGGUUCCACAGGGAGGAUCCGCUCUAUCUCAUUAUGGUUUUUUUGUUGUUGUUCAGUACACCCUCUACUUGUUUUACCGCUCUGUAAAUUCCAUUGCCGCGAUCCCUUCAAACUAAAAUCGGUGCUGACUGGAUGACCUCCAGUAACCAAACCCGCCUUGUGGGUCCUUGCAGCUUGUAUCAGAUGCACACAGGGUUGAAUCAGCAGCACAACCUUCUCAGAGAUGCACAAUGUGCUGAUAGGCUCCCCUUCUGGCCCCACUCUUUAUCAUUCCAUUCUUAAAAGCACAAGAGGCCUGCAGACUGGGACCAAGGGGAGGACGCUUCAUUGUGGUCCUCCGCUUGGACGGUAAAAGCCAUCAAAUGUCUUCAGAGUUAAACAUGCCUCUCACCUCUACUGUUACACACUGACGUGCUUGUGACUUUACUUUCCCUUGGUUCAUUUUCUCUUCUGCUCACCUUGGGGAGAGAAGUCCAUAGGUAUCUUCUUACAGACUUAGUUUAAACAAAAAUCUAGCACUGCAAUUCAACAUGCUCAGCAUUCCAGGUUGAGUCUUGAAUGUCAUUUCUUUUAUUUCCAAGCAAGCAGCCAUCAGAGAGUAGGGCUAGGCCUUCCAAAUCGAACAAAAACCUUGUUUUCCCUUUCCCUUUCUGCCUUAGUACUGUCAGCUGUCUUAACAGGUACAAAGCAGUGCUCUGAUUUAGGUUGACGCUAGACUGAGGGAGUUCUUUGGAAUUGAUGUCUAAAAUUGGCAUGCCUUGGCUUGAGGACUUGCCUCAAGGGAGUUUCCAUGCAGCUUCUGUUGGGUAGGGGGAAGCCCUCUCUAGCCAUUGGCUAACCCUCUCUGCAAAUGAGAGAAGGGGUUCAUCACACAUUCCACAAGCCCGUCCACUUGCCCUCCAGUUUUCCUGGAGGGCGACUUUGAAAAGAAAGUUAUGAGUGUCAGGUCAGGGUGUCAGUCUAACAUACGUAAAUGGCUUGCUGAAGAGUUUUGAGGCCACUUUGCCAACCUCUAGCCAGAAGAGACAAUGGGAAAGGGACCCUUGUCCCUAACAAAAUAAGUUAGAUAUUUGAAUUUUCAUUUUUGUGGCAGAAGCCAGGUAAUUGUUAGGUUCUCCAUAAAUGCACAUUACAGCUUUUCCAACUUAAGUUUCAUAGUGCUUCAUUCAUAUUCCAGCAGACUAUACAUAGCACAAUACAGAAAGCAGAAUCUCCUGGUGUCACCUAAUGGCCUCUCCACUAUGCAGUAUUCUCUUCCUAUC